AUGCUGGACACCCUGGAGGCAGCUCUGGAACCACUGGCGCUGAAGACGGGCAAAGUCUUCAGUGGCGAAGUGGUGGCAGUGCUGGCGCCGAGCCAUGGCCAUGUGCCCCUCUACAGGGCACGGCUCCCAGGACAAUUGGUGCGAGGUUCCCGCGCCGAGCUGCCAAGUCUGCCCAGACCUGAAAGAUCUUUGUGGCCGCACUGCGAGGAUGUCGUCAGGAUGACCGAGGUACCGUUGCACAUCCCCGGCACCCGUGGCACCCGUGGCCGCUCCUUGGAGCGACCGGCCUCAGCGGAGAUGGCGCGCAGCCGCGAGCGGUCGAAGCGAACGCAUGUGCUGAUCCAGGAGGAUGAAAUUGAAGUGCCCUAUUUCGAUGCAGAGGCAGCUUUGGCGGCUGCACGUUUGGAACGGACCCAGAGGUCGGAAUCCACCGAGCGCGGUAGACCCUUGGGUGUGCCUGGGACGCCACGCCGAUCCCGACCCAACGACAUCGAGUCCGCGUCAGCGUCGGUGUCGCGGACGUUGAGAGAAUCGCAGACCGAGGUGCGCGAGUCAAGUGAGAGCCAAAAGCAUGGCCAGGCCGAGGCGGAUCCCCAAAGAGCGGCUGCGGUUCCGUCUCCGGGUGGUGCUGCGACUGCGCAGGCACAAGGCGGUGCAGAGGUGACCCUGUCCAUUCCCAGAGAACCGUCAUUAGAGAGAGACAAAGCAGCGGCGGCUUGCUCUAGAAGUCUGGCUCAGGCCGAAGCUAUGAUGAUGGCAUCCAUCAGGCCGCGACCUCGUGCUCCCAAGCUGCAGCUGGUGGCGCCACCUCCAGUGGUGGAAGUGGCAGCGCCCGUCGCUGCAGAGCGUCGUGUGCCGGAGCACCGCGCCCCGGGCGAUCGCCCCGACUCGCGGCAGCGGGGCACUUUGGGGCGGCAGAGCUUGUCGCCUGCGAGGCCAAAGAAAUCCCCCAGAGAUCUUCGAGCGCGCGAGAAGAUUGGGAAGCUGCUGGUGGCGCAUUACGAAGUGCGCAGUAAGUCUCUUGAGACCAAGAAGUGGACCCGGAUGCUGAUGCGGGUGAUUCUGGCCAGCGAGGAGAAAAAUCCGGAGGCCCUGAAAGAGGGCUUGGCCUUGCUACAGAACGCCCAGAAUCUCAUAGGUGCGGGGGACGAAGGUGAGAGCAAGAGCCGGGUGCUCCUGCAGGCACUCUGUUUGGUGGAUCGCAAGGUCAAGGUGCGCUCACCCAUAGCAGAUGCUGUGAGAACCUUGGAGGAGCUGACGAAGCGCAAGGAGAAGCUCCUGGUGGACAUGGCACCCAUGGGCCAAGAGGAGGCCUCGGUGCCGCGCCUGGAGGACACCGAGGAGUCGCUGGCGGAUGAAUUGAAGAAGUCCUGGCAGAUUGUGCAUCACGAGGAACUCCCAGCCCAUCCCGGUGGCGAGGCCAAGCAUGCGGAUCGUUUGGAUCGUUUGAAGAAGAAGACCGAGGCAGAGAAGGAGGCGGCGGUGGAACAGGCAGAUGAGCGGACGUUAUGGGUGCUCAGAAGGGUCAGCACCAUCUUUGCCGUGCGCAAAGAGAAGCAGGAACGCUUCUUGCAGCUCUUCGGGGAUGACGCUCCGAGCCGCACCACACUGCAGACCUUCCUCCAUGAGGUGGAAGUUCCCGCCGUCUUCUUUCACUUGUCACCAAAUGGUGAGAGUUGUAGCGCUUCCAGUGACUUGCCGACGGCGGCUCAAAUGAAAAAGAAGGUGUUGGCCUUGGUGCGAUCCAAGCACGAGGUGGAGAUAGACAUAGGUCUGGCACAGCGGCCCGUGGUCUUUAUCGAGCUAGCUAAGGGGAUCAUGGAUUUGAUCAACAGCUACUGUCACUCUGUUUAUUUGUCCGUGCUGAUGAACCCUGCGAACCAGCGGGGUUGGUCGGACCUCAUUUCGCGUGAUCUCAUCGAUAAGUUUCACAGCUUUCUGGCGACGCUUCACGUGACCGUCGGUCUGAUGAAGGGCCAGACUCUCCUACCUUUGCCGCCAAGGGAAGCCACAGGAUCACAGCUAAUACACCAAGGCAAAGCUUCGUCCAGCGCCAUCAGCAAGGACCGAGUCCACGUGUUGGAAGGGGCAGUGAUCACCUGGACCAAGCAGGUGCGCUACGUGCUGAAGCAGGAACCCGAACAUGUUUUCAGAGAGGGGGGUCCUCAACCCGACGCCGAGCUGAGAUUUUGGCAGAAUCGGGCAAAUAAUUUGAAUUCCAUUCAGAAUCAGCUGCAAAUGGAGGGCGUCAAACGAGUGCUCCGCUUCUUGGAAGCCAGCAAGAGCACCUACGUAUCGCCCUUCGCGCGGCUGCAGAAGGAAGUGGAGGAUAACCGAGAGGAGGCCAACGAGAAUGUGCGGUUCCUGAAAACCUUGGAGCCCUACGUGAACAGCCUCCUCUCCGAGUCCAUCGAUUUCGAGGCCUUGGAGGAGGUCUUUGAAGACAUUUUCCACAUGCUCUUGUUGAUUUGGAGGCAUUCCAAGUACUACAACUCCUUGGCGCGUUUAGCGGUGAUUGUGCGGCAGGUGUGCAACAGUCUCAUUGCACAGGCCACGCGGUACAUCUCCGGCAGCAGCGUCUUCGAGAUGAUUCAAAGCGAGGCCCAGGAGUGUUACACGAUGCUGGAGACCGUGACGCGCGCCUUGGAAUCCCUGCAGGACUCCUAUCACACCUACCGGAACCUCUCCGAACAAGGCAACAGCAGCGCGGCAGUGCUGACGGCCAAGUCGGAUGCGAGCACCGGAGGUGUGAUGGGCACCGGCUGGCGGCUGCGAAAUAACGUCGUCUUCGGCCGAUUGGAAGCCUUUGGUGAAAGAGUCGGUGAUAUUUUGGAUUUUGUGAAGACCGUGUUGCAAUUCCAUAAGCUUGAGCGGGUUGACAUUGGAGGCACCAAAGGAAAAGUGCUCUCCCAGUCAGUCGCCAAGGUGCAUGAAGAAUUCGAAAAGGCCGUUGAUAAGUUUCGACGGGUUCCUUACGACAUUUUUGAUGUGAAAGAAGCAGCGUUCAUUCAGGAUUUUCACGAGUUCCGGCUUACUAUCCGUGAUUUGGACCGGCGUUUGGGCAGCGUCCUGGCGGCGGCCUUCAACGACCAGGACACUUUGCACGGCCGUGCCAAGCUGUUGGACGCCUUUGAGGGUCUCCUGGAACGACCCGUGAUCCAAGCGGAGUUGGUCAGUCGACAGAAGGUGCUUAUCGCGCAGUAUCGACAGGAUGUGGAUGAGAUCCAUGCCAAUUUUAGCUCCAAUCAGGAGAAGGUUGACACCUGCGAAACAGAUGCACCCAUCUUCUCCAACCUGCCUCCUGUGGCGGGCGCGCUGUCAUGGGCGCGCAGCUUACGAACGCGGUUGCAGGAGCCCAUGCCAAAGAUCCUGGCCUACAACGAGUUGAUGAAAGAAGUGCCCGAAAGCUUUCGCGAACUUUGUCGAAUUCACGACCAGACGCUGGAGGCUCUUGAUGAGUACGAGAGGCGUCGCUACAGCGAGUGGAAAGAGGAGGCACGUAGCACAGCGCGGUAUGGAGUUGGUGAACAGUGA